CGAGCCUCACCUCCAUCAAUGAAUGCUCAUUCGACGCUCAUUCGUUUUUGCACGAAACAAGAGAAUCUGACAAAAAAAUUGUCGCUCUGUCCCGCAAAGUGAGAUAUUAAAAAAGGUUGUGCCGGUAUUGAGGUCUACUUUUUAUUCCCGCACUGCUGAACUGGUGCAGUAAAUUAGAGUGAGAAACAAUAUACUUGUCUCACUUUAACGUAUUGCACCAUUUGCACCGGUUCAGCAGUGCGGCAAUAAAAAACAGACCGGUAUGAAUACGAUGUAAACGAAGAUGACGUCGGUACAGUGAAGGCAAGUGUAGUGUUCAAUAUAAAUUUAUUCCUGUGGAACAUUACAUUAAAUAUUAUCAUUCUGAAAAGUAUCAUGAUAUAAAAGCCUGAGAAUAUGGAAGCAGCUAUAAAAUUCAAUCUUAAGGAGGUUAAGUUGGAUCUUCUACAAGCAAUAAAAGAAUAUUCUCAGCGAGGUUUGUUACACACCACCAAAUGGUUAGCGGAGUUGAACUAUUCUUUGCAAAAUGUAAAAUUAGAUACACAGGAUUUGACCGAUAUCAGAUUAUCAGAGGCGUGCGAAGAGGGGGAUACUUACAGACUAGCCAAAACAUAUUUCGACCUGAAGGAAUACGAUAGAGCAGCAUAUUUUACGAAAGAAUGCAUAACCCCGAAAGCUAGAUUCCUACAUUUGUAUUCGCGUUACUUGUCAGGGGAGAAGAAGAAGAUAGACGAUAUGACAGAUGUGCCACCAGAUCCCAUGAAGAAUGACAGCCUGAAAUUGCUCUGUGCCGAUCUAAGGAGAGAUCAUGUGGCCUCAAAGUUGGAUGGUUAUGGUUUGUACCUCUUUGGUGUAACGCUGAAGAAGUUGCAGCUCUCUAAAGAUGCAGCGGAUGUUCUGUUGGAGUCUAUACAUAAAGAACCCAUGCACUGGGGUGCAUGGCUAGAACUGGCCGCGUUAGUUACAGACAGGGAGAAGCUAGAGAGCCUGUCCUUGCCGAGUCAUUGGAUGAAAUACUUCUUUUUGGCACACAUGUAUUUGGAGUUGCAGCUCAUCGAUGAAGGUCUAGCAUUGUAUUGUGAAUUACAGUCGAUGGGCUUCCAGAAGAACGGCUAUGUACUAGCUCAAACUGCGAUCGCAGUGCACUACAGGAGAGAUGUCGACAAUGCGAUAGAAACGUUUAAAAGAAUAAUAGAAGAGGACCCUUACUGUCUCGAUAACAUGGAUACGUAUUCAAAUUUACUUUAUGUGAAAGAGAUGAAAGUUGAGCUGGCGUAUCUGGCACAUCGAGCUACUGAAAUAGAUAAAUAUAGAUUGGAGACUUGUUGCAUAGUAGGAAAUUAUUACAGCUUGAGGGCGGAUCAUCAAAAGGCGGUAAUGUAUUUCCACCGAGCGUUGAAGCUGAAUCCGCAGUACCUGUCAGCCUGGACGUUGCUGGGCCACGAAUUUAUGGAGAUGAAAAAUACGAAUGGUGCUAUCCACAGCUACAGACAGGCGAUUGAGGUCAAUAGACGCGAUUAUAGAGCGUGGUAUGGCUUGGGUCAGACGUACGAGAUUUUGAAGAUGCCGUUUUACGGACUGUAUUAUUACAAGCAAGCUCAGCUGCUGAGACCCCACGACAGCAGGAUGGUUUUAGCUCUGGGCGAAGCGUACGAGAAGCAGGAUAAGAUUCAAGAUGCGCUCAAGUGCUAUUACAAGGCCUGCAACGUGGGCGAUAUAGAGGGAAUGGCACUACUAAAGUUAGCGACGCUGUACGAGAAACUGGGAGAACACGAUCAUGCAGCGGCAGCUUACACCGACUUCGUGAUAGACGAAUUUCGAAGCGUGGACCGAUCGGAAUUGAGUCACGCGUACAAGUACCUCACGCAAUAUCACUUGAAGAGGGAACAAUUAGAUCGAGCUAAUCACUACGCACAGAAAUGUCUGCAAUUUGACGAUACGAAGGAGGAGGCGAAGGUACUGUUGAGAACGAUCGCUGAAAAGAGAGCCAAGGUCGAGGAAACUUCUAUGGUGGUGGAUGACAUGAACGAAACGGAUCCCGUAAUGGAGCAAAGGGUGCGAACGGACGUCACGCCUGGGAGUCAAUUGUCGCCGAUGAAUCUUUCGUUCACACCUACACCGUGAACGAAAAAAAAACUUUCAUUUGCAAUGUACAAUUUCGACAAUACUUGUAGUUCUGUAUAUAAAAUACAAAAAUAUUCAUUAAUUUUGUACGAUA